AUGUCUUCAUUUGUUCUUUUUCCAUACCUUUGGUCAGAAUCUCUUUCUUCCUUCAUUUUUGCUUCUUUCCUUUUCUUUCAAACUUCAUUCAGCAUCUCUUUCCUUCUUUCUGAAUUAAAUUAUUUUUUAAUUAAAUUAUUUCUUCAUAUAUCUGUCCUUCCUUCACCUUUCCAUCGUUUAUUCUUUCUUCUUUCAUUCGUUUAUUCUUUCUUUCAUUCGUUUAUUCUUUGUUCUUUCAUUCGUUUAUUCUUUCCUUUCCAUCGUUUAUUCUUUCUUCUUUCAUUCGUUUAUUCUUUCUUUCAUUCGUUUAUUCUUUGUUCUUUCAUUCGUUUAUUCUUUGUUCUUUCAUUCCCUUUCCAUCGUUUAUUCUUUCUUCUUUCAUUCGUUUAUUCUUUCUUUCAUUCGUUUAUUCUUUGUUCUUUCAUUCGUUUAUUCUUUGUUCUUUCAUUCUUUAACACUUUCUUCUUUCAUUCUUUAAUUCUUUUUUCUUUCCUUCGUUUAAUUUUUUCGUUUUUCCAUUUUUUAUUCUUUUUUCUUUCAUUCGUUUUUCUUUUUUCUUUCCAACGUUUAUUCUUCCUUUUUUCCUUCUUUUCUUUUUUUUUUUCAAUAACUUUCUUUGAUCCUUUCUUCCUUCUUUCUUUUCUUCGAGUCACUUCUUGUUUUUCUUUUUCAUUUUCUUUCGUCAUGUCUUUCUUCUUUUAUUCCUCUUUAAUUUUCAUUGUUUUUCUUCCUUCGUUUUUUCUUCGUUCUAUUUUCUUCCCUCUUUUUUUCAACUUUUUUUCUAUUUUUUCCUUUCAUUCCAUUCAGAACUUUUAUUUUUAUUAUUUUAUCUUUUCUUUCCUUCAUUUCGUUUUCCUUUUUUCUUUUUUUCAUUCAUUAUCUUAUUUCUUUUGCUUCCUCAGUCAUUCACCCGACCAAUUUUCCCACCCUCAUUUAAUUUUCGGUCAUUUUUGUCUCUUUUUGACGAUCUUUUUAAAAAUUCAUUUUAUUUCCAUUGUUUUUUCUUCUUUUUCUCCUCCUCUUUCUUCUUUCUUCUCUUCACCAUGUCGUUCUUUUUACCUAGCUUCGUUUCCUUAUCUCUAUUCACUUUUCUGUUUCGUUCUGUGUCUCCCUUUCUCUCUCUUUUCCCUUUCCUCUCUUUUUUUCUUUCUUUCUUUUCAUUCACCAAUUCUUAUUCUUAUUCUUCUUCUUCACGUUUCAUUUUCUUUUCUUCUGCUCAACCAUUUUCUUUUACAGUUUGGGGUCCUUUCUUUUUGUCCAUUUUUCCUCCCCGUCAUCGUUUCUUCCUCUUACAGUCAUCUGUUAUUCUUUAGUUCAAUUUUGGAACUCGUAUUCUUACCUUCUAUUUUAUUUCAUCUAUCCUUAUCUUAUUUCAUCUAUCCUUCUUCCAUAAGUUCAUUUUGUUUUCUUUUUCAAAACUCAUUCCUUUUCCAUUCUUCCUGUCCUUUUAACGUUUUUCUAUUUAUGUUUCCUUCAAUAUAUUUUUCAUCACUCGAUCUUUAUUUCUUUCUCUCUUUUUUUUCAUUCGUUUAUUUUUCUUUCUUGCUUAGUAUUUUUUGCUUCAGGUUGAUUUUUCUUUCUUCUUUUUUUUUCUUUCCUUGUUUCUUUCUUCCUUUAUUUAUUUAUUUAUUCAUUUAUUUAUUUUCUCAUAGGCAUUCUCAUAACCUCUGGUCUAAUCUAUCUUUCUCUUUAUCGUUUUCCCUUUCUUUCUUUCUUUCUUUCUUUUAUUUAUUUAUUUAUAUUCCCACAUGCAUUCUCAUACUCUAUUUUUAUGCUCUCUAUUUGAUUAUUUCUUUCUAUUCCUUCCUUCCCUCUCCCCUUUCUAUCAUUACAUUGCUCUCUUUUCUUUUAUUGUUUGAAAUUAUAUUGCUAUUUGCCUGCUUCUUCUUCUUCUUCUUCUUCUUCUUCUUCUUCUUCUUCUUCUUCUUCUUCUUCUUCUCCUCCUCCUCCUCCUCCUUCUUCUUCUUCUUCUUCUUCUUCUCCUCCUCCUCCUCCUCCUCCUUCUUCUUCUUCUUCUUCUUCUUCUUCUUCUUCUUCUUCUUCUUCUUCUUCUUCUUCUUCUCACUUUAUUUCCCAUUUUUUCUCACCUCCCCGUUUCCCGUUCCCUUUGUUAUUCAUUUCCCAUUGGUCCUUAUUUAUCCCAUAAGCCAAUAUCUUCCCGCUCUUCUAAACCUUCUCUCUGGCUCCCUUGCCGUCUUUCCUCGUCUAUCUCCACCCACCUCCAUCUCCAUAUUUACUUCCUCUUUUCGUCAAACACUUUUCUCCAAAUGCUUGCCAAUGUUUUUACUUCAUUCUCUUUGCCUUUCACUCGUUCUUCUUCCACCACCAACCUCGUUCUACUUUUUCCCUUUUUUCUUAUUCUUCUUCUUCUUCUUCUUCUUCUUCUUCUUUGACGCCAUUUUUCAGAGUCCCCCUGUUGCCAUUCCGUUCUUCCUGAUUGCACUCAGCCAGCGGCCAUAUCUCCAAUAUCCAGUUCCGCAAUCCGUGCGCGAUUCUUUCACCGCCAUUAUAAUAAAUUUCUUCCUUCAUUCGUUCUUUCAUUCGUUCGUUCAUUUCUUAAUUCUUCGGGCAGAGAUGAAAACCGACCUUUAA